AGAGAGAGAGAGAGAGAGCGAGAGACAUGACCAUGUCUACAAUACCAGAGAGUCUUAACAGCCCAGUCUCAGGAAAGAGCGUGUUCAUGGAAUUUGGGCCACCAAGUCAGCAAAUGUCGCCUUCAUCAAUGAGCCACGGACAUUAUUCAAUGCACUGUUUACACUCGUCCGGUCACCCGCAGCACGACAGCGCGUACAGCCCGGCUACGUCCUUCGCCAGAUCUCUGCCUUAUCCAUACGUCAACUCGGUCGGUAGCCAUUCCUCCAGUCCGUACCUCAGCACCGUGCAGACUUACCCAAACAACUCGGCUUUGGCGCAGACGAGGCUGGAGGACCCAGCGCCGGAGUCAGAGAAAAACACCGUGGUGGAGGGAGGAGAGGUUCGUUUCAACGGGAAAGGCAAAAAGAUCCGCAAACCCCGGACCAUCUACUCCAGCCUCCAGCUGCAGGCUCUGAACAGGAGGUUCCAGCAGACUCAGUAUCUGGCUCUACCGGAGAGAGCCGAGCUCGCCGCGUCCCUGGGGCUCACGCAGACACAGGUGAAGAUCUGGUUUCAGAAUAAACGCUCCAAGUUUAAGAAACUGAUGAAGCAAGGCGGAGGAACAAUAGACACGAACGCUUUGGCAAACGGGCGCGGACUGUCCACCGGAUCUCCAUCCCUUGCGGCCGUCUGGAACUCAACAGCCAGCGUCAAAACAUCCACACCGACCUCGUAUAUUCCCAGUUACACCUCGUGGUAUCCCACAUCACACCAGGACACUAUGCAGCAGCCGCAGCUCAUGUGAACCAGCACUGCUGACACAACCCCGCCCCUCUCUCCACCGAUGGCCCAGUUCAGGGGAGCCGACACAAGGCCGGUCUCUCUGCGGCCGGAGACCCGGAGACACUCUCUAAAGACACCUGCUGACACACCGGCCGGCGUGGACUGAACGAGGGUCGUCUGCUCCGGAGAGGAAGCAAGUCUCUUUUUGAAUCGAAGGGAAUGCCGGGAAAGUGGGUCAAAUCAAAGCCUCUACUCUCCCCCUUACCGUGACUUUUUUGUUGUGUAAAAAAGAAAAAGAAAAAAAAUUGUAUUUCAGUUUCUUUAAAUUUGUAAUUUCCCGUGAUCAAUUUGGAAUUACCGGUUGGUCCAUCCACAACACAGUGCU